AUGAUUUGGGUCGCAUUUCUACCUUUUUUGGUUUCGUGCGCUCACGGGAACAGGACCGUGAACCAGGUGCCUUUCUUCCACGGCCAUGUGUUUGAGAACUCGUCUCCGGGCUCGCGGGUCAACGGACUGAGUGUCCCGUUGAAGCGGCUCAACUCGGAGCGGCUGUGUGGUACAGGGGAAUUCGCGGCGCACUUUAAACUCCUGGGAGACGGGAGCGUGAAUUUCCGGGUCUUUGCGCACAACAAACGGGGGCAUAUUUUACUCAAGACUUCUGCGGUUCUGGAUCGGGAGCAGCGGGGUGAGUACGCGCUGAGUCUCGGGUUGUGUUGCGGGCAAUGCGCGGGACUCUCCCGGGAAGUGGAAGAGCAGUCCCCGGUUGUCACUGAGGUGGCGUCCAUCAAGGUGGACGUCCUGGACACCAACGACCACCAGCCUACUUUCACUGGGAAUGAUGUGAAGCUGAGCCUGGAUGAUGCCACUGCACUCCGCACGGCGAUCUACACUGUGACCGCGCGGGACGGGGACAGCGGUAAGAACGCGGAGCUCAUCUACUUCGCCUUGCCCAGGAACGGGAGUUUCUAUGCGGUGCCCAAAACCGGAGACAUCCUCCUGGUGGACUCCAUCCUCGGUCUGGAUGAACCGAUUAAGUUUAAAGUGUUUGCUCGGGACCGCGGGUGGCCACCUCGCACGAGCCAGGGUAAAGAUGUGGAGAUCAAUCCACGCCAGUGGCCCGUGGCGCCCUCUCUGAACACCCAGCAGGGGGGGUCGCAAAUAAAAGUGCCAGCGCGAAGGUCCAGGUCAGUACUGGAGUCAGACAGCCCCGUUUUAAUCAACGUGUCCGAGGACGCAGGGAUCGGGUCAGUGGUGAUGAACCUGAACCCGGUGAGGUUUCAGGCCGCAGCGUUUGAGCUGAUGGAGCCCGACGCGGAGAGCUCACCGGUGAGCGUGAGCCGGGACAGCGGGGAUAUAGUGAUAUCACGGAAACUGGACCGAGAGACGGAGCCUCUGGUGGAGAUCAGCGUCAAAGUGCAAGACAAGAGAGGUCCAGAGUGGUACUUGGUCAGAGUGGAGCUGACAGUGACAGAUGUAAAUGAUAAUAUCCCAGAAUGGAGCAUGAUUCCGGCUCCAUACCUGGCGGUGGUCUCCUCCGACGCCCCCGCAGGCUCGCUGGUCUACAAGCUGCACGCUCAGGACGGGGAUGAAGGGAACAACGGGGAGGUGGAGUACUUCAUGUCUGAUGGCGGUGAAGGUCGUUUCGAGGUGGACAGGAAGAACGGCCAGGUGCGGACCACCGGCCUCCCCCUGCAGCGGGACAGGGAGUACCUGCUGACCGUGGUGGCUGCCGACCGGCUGGGGAGCCGCAGUGCCCCUGUGGUGGUCUCUGUGGUGGCGGGGGCCCGGCCCCCCCAGUUCACCAACGCCUCCUUCACCAUCGCCAUACCUGAAAACACCCCUGAAGGACAGCCAUUCCUAGUCACCCCUGCUGUGUCCUUCCAGAAGAAACCAAUCAGCUACAGCCUUCUCAUCAAUCCCAGCAGCCUCUUCUCCAUCUCAGCAGAGACCGGUGAAAUCAGCCUGACCCGUCCUAUCGACUACGAGAGCGACCAGCAUCGCUACCUUCUGUUGGUGCGAGCCAGCGAGGGCCUGGACAGCAUGAGCAGUGCUGCCGAGGUACGAGUUGUCAUAGUUGAUGAAAAUGACUGCGUUCCAGAGUUCCUCCAGUCCAUCUACAGCAAGGAUGGCGUACCGGAGACUGUGACAACGGCAACGUCCCUGCUGCAAGUGUCAGCCAGUGACUGUGACUCCGAGGAGAACGCAGAGUUGACCUACUACACCCUGAGUCCAGACUUCACCAUCUCCCCCCAUGGGACCAUCUUCCCUGCGGGGCCUCUGGACUUCGAGAGGCCCAACCACCUGUACGAGUUCGUAGUGAUGGCGAUCGACAAGGGGGAGGUUCCUCGCACCGGUACAACCACCGUACGGAUUCGAAUGGUAAACGUCAACGAUGAGGCGCCUGAGUUCUCCCAACAUAUAUACCGGACCUUCGUCUCAGAGGAUGCCGGUCCCAACACGCUUGUUGCCACGGUGCUGGCGAAGGACCCUGACGGGGACGGGAUCACGUAUAAGAUCAACACAGGAAACGAGGAGGGCAACUUUAUCAUCGACAGCCAGAAAGGUUUGAUCCGCCUUCGCUCCAGCCCGCCCCCCCACCUCCAGGGUGUUGAAUACGUCCUCAAUGUCACGGCAACCGAUGACAACUCCUCAGGCGGACCUCAGGCCUUGUCGUCCACAGCCCAGGUCAUAGUGGGAGUGGACGAUGUGAACAACAACAAGCCGGUGUUUGAGAAGUGUCAGCAGUACCGAGAGAGCACAUCGGUCCUGGAGAACCAGCCGGCCGGGACGUUUGUCCUGCAGGUCCAUGCAGUGGAUGCUGACGAGGGCUCCAAUGGCAAGGUCACAUACGGCUUCAUGCACAAAGACUCCACCAUACCUGCAUUCAGUAUACACCCAGACACAGGAGUAAUUGUGACUGCCAGGAAGUUUGAUCGCGAACGCCAACGGGAAUACGCGGUGACAGUGACUGCCACCGACCGGGCCGCUGACCCCUUGAUUGGCAUUUGUCAGCUCAACAUCCUCAUCCUGGACCAGAACGACAACAGUCCCAAGUUUGAGAACAUCCGUUAUGAGUACUUCCUCCGUGAGGAUACCAUGAUCGGGACUAGCUUCCUGCGGGUGGCGGCUCAUGACGAUGACUUCGGCACCAACGCAGCCAUCACGUACUCUAUGUCCAGUGAACAGCCGGAGUACCUCGGGGUCAACCCCCUGACGGGCUGGGUGUAUGUCAACCAGCCCAUUUCUCAGAGGACCUACAUCACCAGGGAGAUUGUGGCUACAGACGGGGGGAACAGGAGCAGUUAUGUGGAGUUGUCUGUCACCAUCACCAACGUGAAGAACCAGCCUCCACAGUGGGACAAAGACAGCUACAGCAUGGUCAUACCCGAAAACACCGUCAGAGACACGCCCAUCGUGACCAUCAAAGCCACCUCCCCUCUUGGGGAUCCGAGGGUGACGUAUAACUUGGAGGACGGCAUGGUCCCAGAGACCAACAUGCCAGUUCGCUUCUACCUGACCCCCAACAGAGAGGACGGUUCGGCCUCCAUCCUGGUUGCAGAGCCCCUGGACUAUGAGACCACCAGACACUUCAUGCUGCGAGUCCGGGCCCAGAACGUGGCUGCUGUUCCGCUGGCGGCCUUCACCACGGUCUAUAUCAAUGUCACAGAUGUAAAUGACAACGUCCCAUUUUUCACUUCCUCCAUCUACGAGGCUUCGGUCACUGAAGGGGCGGAAUCAGGAACCUUGGUUUUCCAGGUCUCAGCCGCUGAUCUCGACUUGGGUCUCAAUGGCAAGAUCUCCUAUUCCCUGCUGGAGGACCGCAGUGGAGACCACCAGUACUUCCGUAUUGACCCUGAGCUGGGAUUCAUCUACUCUCAGACUGUGUUUGACCGCGAGACCAAAAGUUCCUACCUGUUGGAGGUUCAGUCUGUGGACGGCUGGGAGUCAGCUCGGCCUGGCAAACAUGGACAACCCAACUCUGACACAGCGUAUGUUCGUGUUUUCAUCAGCGACGUGAACGAUAACAAGCCAGCGUUCGCACUGGCGUCCUACGAAGUCGAUGUGGAUGAGGACGCUGACGUAGGCUUCGCCAUUCUCACCGUCAGUGCCAAUGACGGGGAUGAAGGUGGAAAUGCUAAGCUGCGCUACCAGAUCACAUCAGGGAACACGGGAGGGGUGUUUGAUGUAGAACCAGAGGUGGGCACUAUCUUCAUCGCCCAGCCGCUGGACUAUGAACAAAACAAAAGGUACAAGCUCCAUGUCCUGGCUUCAGAUGGAAAGUGGGAGGAUUACUCGACUGUGACGGUGAACGUGGUCAACAAAAAUGACGAGGCUCCGGUGUUCACCGUUAACGAAUACUACGGCAGCGUUACAGAGGAACUGGACGGAUCACCGGUGUUUGUGUUACAGGUUACAGCAUCAGAUCCAGAUAAAGACGCUGACCAGGAGGCCCUGCGCUACUCUCUCCAUGGCCAGGGUGCAGAGAGCGAAUUCAUAAUCGAUGAGGUCACAGGGAAGAUCUACGCCCAGCGGACACUGGAUCGCGAGGAGCGUGCCGUUUGGCGUUUUGUCGUCUUGGCCACGGACGAGGGCGGCGAAGGUCUGACGGGCUUCACCGACAUCAUCAUUAAUGUGUGGGACAUCAAUGACAACGCGCCCAUCUUCACCUGCGCCCCAAGCUGCCUCGGAGAAGUUGCGGAGAACUCGGUCGUGGGGACGUCGGUGAUGGAGAUGACGGCCACUGAUCUGGACGACUCGGCGGUGGGCCAGAACGCUGUGCUCUCCUACAGGAUUACCGGGAGUUUAGACACCACAAACGUGGAAAUGGGAGGAGUGCCUACCUUCUCAGAAAUGUUCACGAUCAAUCCCACCACUGGGACCAUCACUGUGGCCAUGGGAGGCCUCGACAGAGAGCAGGUGGAGUCCUACCUCCUGGUGGUGGAGGCCAGAGAUGGCGGAGGGAUGACUGGAACUGGAACUGCUACCAUUCAGAUCAAGGAUGUGAAUGAUCACGCUCCGAGAUUCACGGAUCGCUCCUGCAUGACAAGGAUCUCUGAGAAUACAGAGGUCAAUGCAGAGGUCCUGGAUAUUGUUGCAGAGGACAGAGACACUGGAGAAAAUGCCCAGCUGACCUUCAGUGUUGUGGCUGGAGACCAAGAGCAGAAGUUCUACAUGGUGAGUCACAAGCAGGAGCAGCGCGGCACCCUGAAGCUGAAGAAACGUCUCGACUAUGAACGACACAGCGAGCAGAGGUUCAACCUCACACUGAAGGUUGAGGACCUGGACUUCUCCAGCCUCCUGCACUGUGUGGUGGAGGUGGAGGACUACAACGACCACGCUCCCGUCUUCAUUCCUCACCUCCUGUCUCUGGCCCCUCUCCCUGAGGACAUCAGCGUGGGGACCAGUGUGGCCCGGCUGGUGGCCAGCGACUCUGAUUCAGGCCAGAACCGCGAGAUCACCUACACCCUGACAGAGGACUCGGACCCUGAAGGGCUCUUCACCAUCGACCAGUCGGGUGUUCUCUCCGUGGCCCGGCCUCUGGAUCGAGAGAAGAUAGCACGGCAUUCCUUGGUUGUCAUGGCAACGGAUCAUGGGGUUCCACCUCUAACAGGCAGCGCCACUGUCCAGCUGCCACUGUUGGAUGUAAACGACAACGGACCGGAGUUUGAGGCGGCGUACUCCCCAGUAGUCUUUGAGAACGUGGCAGGCCCACAGGUAGUAAGGAUGAACCAAACGUCGACUCUCCUGCGGGCUGUGGACCGGGACUCCCCAGAGAACGGUCCGCCCAUUCACUUCACAGUCCCCCCCGAGUAUCGCCAUGGCAAUGAUUUGUACCUCCAGGACAACCUAAACGGCACCGCCACUCUAACGGCUCUGAGGACGUUUGACCGCGAGCGCCAGAAAGAGUUCCUCAUCCCUAUUAUCAUGAGUGACAGCGGCCAUCCAGCCAAAACAGUGACCAGCACCUUAACCGUGACCAUCGGGGACCAGAAUGAUCACCCACAUGUGGCGGGGGAGAAGAAGAUUUUCAUCAAUAGUCACAGAGGCCGUAUGCCAACAACGGUGCUUGGAAAGGUCUACUCCCCCGAUCCCGAUGACUGGGACAACAAGACGUAUGUGUUUGAAGGACAUUUGCCAAGUUACUUCAUCCUGAACAAGCGAACAGGCUUCCUGAUCAUCAAGGAGAACGCCCCCACAGGCGCCUACGAGUUCCAGGUCCGUGUGUCGGAUGGAGUUUGGCCAGAUGCUGUCUCUACCAUCACUGUGCACGUGAGGGAGCUGCGAGACGAGGCCAUCUACAACUCAGCGUCUCUGCGCCUGGCAGACAUCACAGCAAAGGAGUUCAUUGAACUGAGAGGGAAGCAGCGGAGCCGCUACGAGCUGCUGGUGGACUUCCUGUCUAAGAUGCUCUACGUUCCGCCUGAUGAUAUCAACAUAUUUAGCCUAAUGGAUGUGAAGGUGCAGAUGCUGGAUGUUCGCUUUGCCGUGCACGGUGGCGCCACCUUCCUCCAGCCAGAAAAAAUCCAUGGUUAUCUUACCGCCCACAAACAAAAGCUCCAGUCGUUCCUGCAGGUCAACGUGUUCCAGAUCCGCGUGGAUGAGUGUCCGGGCUCGGAGUGUGGGGGGGCCGGCGGCUGCAGCAACGUCCUGAACGUGCAGGACACGCCCACAGUGGUGGAUUGCGGGACCAUGAGUCUUGUAUCUGUGACGGUGGAAUCUACGGCUGUGUGCUCCUGCUCAGGGAGAGAGCAGUCCCAUCAGCCCUGCAACACGUAUCCCAGAAACCCCUGCUUCAACGGCGGGGUGUGUGUGGACACCCAGCAUGGCUACAGGUGCCAAUGCCCGGCUCAAUUCGAAGGGCCUGAGUGCCAGCAGAACAAACACAGUUUCCAUGGCAACGGCUAUGCUUGGUUUCCUCCCAUGAUGCCUUGUUUCGAGAGCCACGUGUCGCUGGAGUUCAUCACGGACGUGGCGGAUGGACUGCUGCUGUACAGCGGCCCCCUCGCCCAGCUGCAGGCCUGGGACCCGGAGGACUUCAUGGCCCUAGAGCUAAUAGAUGGGACCCCCACCUUGAAAAUCAACCACGGCUCUGGCACAGUGGUGCUACAGUUGCCAGGCAACGUGAACGUGGCAGACAGGCGGUGGCAUCGGCUGGAUGUCCGCAGCAACAGCAAGGAAGUGCGAUUCACCCUGGAUCGUUGUUCAGGCGCCGCGGUGAUGGAGAUGGAGGGGCUGGGCAGCUGGUUGACCACCGAGGACCACUCCUCCUGUGAAGUGACCGGCGUUACCCCCAACACUGACAGACACCUGAACAUGAGCCAGGUGCUGCAGCUCGGCGGAGUGAACGAGGACAUCCCAUACGUCUACCCUCAGCUGCAGCACAAACACUUCAGCGGCUGCAUCCGCAACCUCAUCGUGGACAGCAAGCUGUACGAUCUGGGCUCCCCGGCUGACUCCAACUCCAGCUCUCCCGGCUGUCUGACCACCGACAGCAGCUGUGUCAACAUGGGCUAUCCGUCCUGCGGCCACCGGGGACGCUGUCACGGCGAGUGGGGCUCCUUCAGCUGCCAGUGUUUGCCGGGAUACGCGGGCCACCAGUGUGAAGAGGAGGUCCCGGAGUAUUCCUUUGAUGGGCACAGUCACGCGCAUUUUCAAUUGCCGUCCACGCUGCCGGCCCGAAGGACAUGGGUUCAAGUCCUGGUCCGAACCCGCAAACACAGCAGCACCAUCCUCAAUCUGAUCUCCAAGGAGCAGAGUGAAUACAUACGACUGGAGAUCUUCCAAGGCCUCCUCUGUGUUUUCUACAACCUCGGUGACGGGGACUACAACCUAACCCUACCAACUUAUCGCCUCGACAACGGUGAAUGGCACGAGGUCUUCCUAGAUCGGCAUGACAAUGAGAUGAUGCUGCGUCUGGACGGAGGGGGAGGACAGCGGGAGGUCACAGGGGCGCAGGGCAGGAGCAGAGAAAUCAUCAUUGACCCCACCGUGGUGAUGCUGGGAAACACCUUCCUCUCUGGAACCAACAAGAGCUUCCAGGGCUGCAUGAGAGAUGUACGCCUCAACGGCCGCUACAUGCCCCUGGACAGCCAGCCGCGUGAUGGGGUUUCCCAGGUCAGCGUGCAAGGCGUCUCCCUUGGAUGCUCUUCUGACUCCUGCAAAAGGAACCAAUGUAGCCCCCCCUUCACCUGUGUUGACUUGUGGAGAGUGCACGAAUGCAGAUGUCCUCCUGGUCACAUGAUCCGUGUGAACGUGACCAGGAAGUCCUGUGUGUACACCCUGUGUGCGACCCGGCCCUGUCACCGGGGCACCUGCGUGGCUCAGUCGCCCUCCAAGUUCACCUGCCACUGCCCCGCGGGCUACAGAGGACGCCACUGUGAGACCACGCUGGCCAUCUACCGCGACGACGUGGGCCUGAGCUUCAGCUCCCUCUUUGCCAUCUGUAUCUGCUUCAUGGCCCUGCUAGUGCUGCUGCUGGGCAUCUUCCUGUACACGCGCUGGAGGAGCUACAAGGGGCUGAAGGAGGGCGUGUACCACGUCUCCGCCCACCACGACGGCUGGGAGGACAUCCGGGAGAACGUCCUCAACUAUGAUGAGGAGGGAGGCGGGGAGGAGGACCAGAAUGCCUACGACAUGGCGGAGCUGCAGAAGUCCCUACAGCCGAGCCCGGCCCAGUCGGUCCAGUACUGUCGCUCCAGAGCUCUGCACCACCCUCCCCCUCCUCCCCUCCACCACCACCACCACCACCUCCUCCUUCACCAGGCGCCCCCGGCCCCGCCCUGCGCCCAGCAGCUGGACACGCUCAGCCGGACCACCUGCUCCACCACCCUGCCCCCCUCCGCGGCCUCCUCCUGCUCCACCGCCACCUCCCACACGGCCAGCCUCCGUAGGGACGUCCCCCCCACCAGACUGCCGGCGCAGGGCCAGGCCCGCCCCUCCCAGCUGGCCCGCCGCUCCCUGUCCUUCUCCAGCCAGGACCUGGCGCGCUACCUGUGUGAGAUCAUCCGCGAUGCUGACCAGCACCCGGACACGGGGCCCUUCGACUCCCUGCAGGUGUUCUCCACCGAGGGAGGGGGGUCGCCUGCCGGCUCCCUGAGCUCCUUCAGCUCGGCAGGGCUAGAUGGAGGGAGCGUGGGGGAUGGGGGUGGAGGAGGAGGAGGGGGGGAGGGGAGGAGGGAGGAGACACUCGGGGAGUGGGGGCCCCGCUUCGAGAAGCUGCGGGCCCUGUACGAGCGGGCCGAGGCCAGCGACCUCUGAGCUCAGACACACCAAAACUGACGGGACCCCCGACCCAAAACAAUCAAUUAGCUUAGCGACAAACCGAGGGCGGGAAAACAGCGAGAGACUGACUGACGGACAGAAAUCGCUACACCCCCCCUCAGUCGCUGUGCUGCUUUUACAGGACGAUGAGCCCUGUCAAUCAACCGGGGGCCUGACAGACAGAAGGAAAGUGUCCCCGUGCAAAGAGCUCUCCCUCAGAGGACAUCUGUGCAGGAGCAGACAUUAUCAAACCUGCCCGUCAGGUUCUCUUGCCGGUCUACUCAUCAUGACGGAGCUUAGCUUCACUGUCACAAAAAUCUGUUCCAGUCACUAAAACCUAAAUUUGUUUCUCCAACACUCAUUGUUCGCUGCUCUGGAUGAGUGUCAGCUGAAACGAUCCGGCCUUUUUUAAAGUUUUUUUGUACCUGAGCAAAUCAGUGCCAGUUGAUAUUUUUAGCACCUUGCCGCUGAAUAUAUUCUUUGUAAAUUAACAAAGCACUCCUACGUAAACCCUCCUCUGCACUGUUACACGACAGUACGAUCAUUCUGACUAGCCCAUAAAAUAGUUUGCUGUAGCUAUAUUGUGGACACGUUGAGUUCUCGCUGCCUGGCUGUGCAGCUUCUGUCAAUGUUUCUGUAAGAUUUGUUUUUAAAAGGUGCUUGGACCAGCACUGGGUUGCAGGGUGAGAUUAUUAUUCCUUUCUUCUGGUAUUGUGUCCUGCACUGGGUUGAGUCAUUCUGUAUUGGUUGGGUGUUUCAAGUUUCAACGCUGCGUGGGUUGUAAGACAUCAAGCUUCUACUUACUACUGCACCCUCGUCUUCAUGUGAUUUCCUAUUCUCAUUCACGCUCCUCCACCACGUGUUCCUCCUCACCCGAGGGAGGGCGCACCAAAAACUCAAACGGCUUUGUUACAAAGAAAUGAAAGCGGACGUGCGGACUGCAGGAGGGAGGAAAUUCGCUCUGUUGCUGUGUGGCGCGAACGCUCUUCCUCAGGCAUACCAAAUGUGGUGUCUGCAAGACACUAUUUAACCAGACGAUUGCACGGUGGAAUACAAAUACAAGUCAAGGUGACAACUCAACCAACUGAAAGAGCAGGGCUAAAUAACGAUUACAUAUUAUUCAGAGCAGAUUCCUGUGCCAUACACUUAUCCAUUGUCCCUUUGCUAAAUUACCACACACUCUUCUUGAGUGUUUACAGAAAAUUGGAAGGAAAUAAUAAGUGUGCAGUUAUUAUCCAAGCUGCGAAUUGCCAGCAAGUGUUCCUCUUGUUUGGCUUCCUUUUCACAUAAGCUUGAUGGGCCUUUAUGUUGACGAUAAAAAAGACUUCAUGCUGUUGGGGAAUAAUUUGUGUAAAAACAUCGAAAAGGUAAAGCAGGACGCGGAGAGUCUUUUUACCCCCCACAGGAGAGAUGAUUACUGGGUAGAGGGUUGAAUCAGGCCGGUCUCUGUGGUGAACUGAGCACCAUUGCCACGUUGUACGGUUGCACAUGUUGCACUUAGUACGGUGGCCAACAGCUGCAAACGCGCUGCACUUUCAAAAUACGAUGCAAAUAAAAAAACACAAAUCUGCCAAGACACAAAAUGUUCAACGAGUUGACAACAUGCACUACAUUAAGAAAACAUUCACCAACAAAACAUUUUCAACGUUAACUGAAAGCGCUGCAAGUAAAAAAUGCUGCAAGAAGCUCAAACCACACAGAAAGGGGGACACAAAAAAGUGACGCACACAACUGGGACCGGAGCACUUGUUGACGUUCGGGGAUUAUGAAGUUGGCUUACUGUCACUGAAAAUGUACAUGAGAUGUGUGUUGUAUUGGCUUAUUUAAAAAAAAAUUAUCGCAUAAGUCUUCCGUUAUUAUUGGAGAUCUGCUGUUAGCUAGCUAGCUAACCUAGCUAACCUAGCUAACCUAGUCAUUUCAAAUAUACUGACAAAACAUUUACAAUUAUGAAAUAGACUAACUCUGCCAACAGUGACAGUUGGCUAACUUUAUAAUCGUGAACCUAAACAAGCUCCGGUCCCAGCUGUGCAUCACUUUUUGGUAUCCUCUUGUUACUGUUGUGUUUUGAGCUGCAACGUUUUUUGUCUGUAGAGUUUUAUACUUAUAUCAUUUUUGAACCUAACAAGCGCGUUUGUUACACCGCAAAUGGCAUACAUAUGAAAAUGUUUGCUAGUCUUCCUGCAAUCCUCCCAAAAGCCAUCCUUGCUCUCCUCGCUGUAUUAUGCUGCGUUCAUUCUUCUCUGUCGGCAUAGCGGUUAAAUGGAAGGAGUGUCUGAAAAUAUGUCAGGCCACUUAUCCUAAUAGGAGCUGAUGGCUUGCUGUCAAAAAAACAAAGGAUUGCGGGGACUUUAAAAAAAAAAAGGCAACAGAGGGGACGAUUGACAGAUUGAAGCUUUCCAGAAACUUGUAUUUUCUUAAAGACGAGGCAAUAAAGCAGCUUUUAAAAAUAAGAGCCUUGGCGGUGGAGGUGUAGCACUCUGGGGGACGAUGCCUGAAAGUAAGACACACAGGCUUGUUCUUUUUUUAAAGACAAUGGGGAAUUCCUAGAUGGGGAUGCUUGUUCCUUUGUAUUCCUCUGCAGGAAGGGUGGAGGCGCUACAUGCUUCUCCCUCUGCAGCUGGGAGUAGCGACCAUUCAUUUGUACCAUAAAGCAGCUUUUAAAUGUUGUUUUCCAGGUUGCAGACAUGUUGUGAACAAAGUCAAUGUUUUUACAUCAUUUGUAAAUACUAAGAUAGAUUUAAUUAUUGCUUUUGGUUAAUAAAUGGCCACAUACAUUUAAAAUGUGCAGCUACUGAGAAAAUAAUUUAAAACAUAACAAACAUAUCUUUUUCAUCAUGACGGUGAUGAGCUUUGGACAGUUAUGUAAGUGUUUUGUAUUUGCUUUGUUGUUUUUCUUCUCAAUAAAUUCAUUUGUUUGCACCA